CUUCUGCAUACUGUUAACAGAAAAAGUUGGUUGAUUACUAGCGCGUUUGGGUUUUUUGGCUAGUAAGGUUUGGCCCCGUGUAUACGUGAGUGGAUAAAAAACCAUCUCGAUCAAACUCUUUGUUGUUGUUUUUGGUACCACUGAAUAAAUAAUAUUGGGUGGUUUAUUUGUUGACCUCUUCUUUCGCUACGAUGUACUUGAAAUUGAAUUCCGAGCUAUCACGGUGGCAGAAGUAUGCAGUGAUUUUUUCCAUAACAUUAUUGACAAUAUUUCUCCUGUUGUUCCUAGCAAUAUGGGUGAUCUUUCCAAUAGUAUUCAUGAACAACAUCUCAGUCCAAGCUUCCUCCAUAUUCCUCAACAUCGACAACCCUUCAAGGCCGGAUUUCGACAAUCCAGCGAAAUAUGACUUGGAUGGAACAGUGAACUUUUUCAUCACCACCAAUAACACAGACGGCAAUUCGGUUGCCAUCGGGACUUGGCUGAUCCUUCCGGAAAAUCAGCAAAAUAUGAGCGUUGGUCUGCAUUCAGCUGGGGAACUUUUGGCAAACACCUCGUAUCCAGUGUUGUUAUACAUGCACGGGGUAUAUGCGAAUAGGGCGAAGCCAAUUUACGCUUAUAAGGCACUCAGAAAACAGUUCAUCAUCAUUGCCAUUGAUUAUAGAGGUUUUGGAGAUUCGUCAAAUCUACAACCAUCGGAACUGGGUAUCGUGAACGACACCAUCCAAAUCUACGAGUGGAUCAGAAACAACACUCAGAACGAGAUCUACAUUUGGGGCCACUCCUUGGGAUCAGCUCUGGCUACUCACGUGGUACGGAAACUGAGAGAAGAGCACGAUAUCAUCCCCAUGGGUCUCUUCCUGGAGUCCCCCCUAACUACUUUGAGGGAGGCUAUGCCCAAACAUCCGAUUGGGAAGUUAUUCUCCUGGUUGGCUUAUUUCGACGAAACCUUCCUGAAUCCAUUGGAGAAGAACGGCUUCCAUUUCAGAACAUCGACCAACAUCUUGUACGUCGAUUGUCCCAUCAUGAUAUUACACGCCAAAGAUGAUGAUGUCGUUCCAUGGGAAUUCGGAAGCAAGUUAACUAAAUUGGCACUAGAGCGAAGGUGCAUUGAAGCUCAGGGAGAUGUUAUCUACUAUCAGUUUGACGAGAAGUUUGGCUACAACCAUAUGCACAUAACUACUGAUCCCCAUCUGAAUGUCUAUAUUCGGACCUUCUUGGAUGAGUGCAGGCGAAUGAACCGAAUGGUGAGGUGAUCCAUCCCAAAGGAUAGUAACGGAAACUCAUAAUACACCUUACAUCAUUUUUAAUUGGGAAUAAUGAUUAUUUCGACAUUGACUUGCUAUUUAUUACUUAUUUAUAUGAAUUGUUUGAACUCAAGUGACGAUACAUUUUGAAC